AUGGCGAUCGAAUUAGUACAAGAAAUGGGAAAUAGUAAUUCGUAUAUUUAUGGUGUAUUACAGUUAGAGAAAUUCCACCAAAAUGUUCUCAAGCAAACGGAACAAAAUCCUACAGAGGUGCUGAAUAAACUCGAAGUACUACGAUUGGCACUGUUGAAUGCCCCAAAGAAUUUGCAUAUUGUCUGUAAUACAGGAGAAAUCAUGCCUUCCUUUGCACCAAGUCUUCAGUGGCUUCUCCACUGUAAUCGACUUAAUCCUGAAGCAUGCAACGCAUUUUUGAAUACCCCAGGAGAAUCGAUAGAAAAGAGUGGAUUUGGACGUCAGCGUGUCAUCAGUGUUGCUGCUUGCGAGGCGUCUUUCCUCGAACAGUCAGUGAAUUUUUUGCAUAACUGGGGCAGUGAUGAAUUGCUUGCCGUACAGCUUCUGGCGCAGUAUCUCUCGCAAGCAGAAGGUCCGCUGUGGAAGGCGAUCCGUGGCAAAGGUUUGGCGUAUACGGUGCGAAUUGAAGUGAGCCCCGAUAAUCAGUUGCUGGAACUCUCGAUUUAUCGAAGUGCGCAACUUGAGCAAGCCUAUGAACAAGCGAAAAAAGUUGUGUACACUGAACUGGAACACAUAGAUGAGCAGGAUUUUGAAGCAGCAAAGAGAAGCUUUGUUUCGGAGAUUAUACAGGCUGAAGAUACUGUGGACAGUGCUGCUGAUCGUGCAAUAUGUAAUCAUCUUCGAGGAUUGCCGCCACAUUUCUGGAGGUAUGCGCCACCCAGUAAUUAUAUUCGGUGUUUAUUUUAG